AUGAAGAUCACUCCAAUCGCAAUCAUAUCACAGCUCGCAGCCAUCACAACUGCUGUGCAACAGGACUGCCACAGUAUAGGCUAUACUAUAGACGGAUGUGGCGCCCUAGGUGGCGAGCGUUCGACAUGGAAGUGCAAACCUACCUCGGAUGAUCCUUAUCUGAAAUAUGGGCCACCAAACAACAGAUGCCAGUUCAUGCAGGCAGACUACAACCCCAAUCCUCCGCAUAAUCUCCUGGACAAGAUCUACUGCGUGUGUAUCCCAAAUCAAGAAUAUCAAUAUUCUUCUGGUACUAACAAUUCACGUAGUGCCAGUUCUGCGAGUUAG